AUGAAGUACUACCUCAAGAAGCAAGUGGAGAUGUGGAUAAUUAUCCAAACGGGUCUCAAACUUCCACUCGACGGUGCUGGAAAACUAGUGUCAUGCCAGAACUGGGACUCCAGCUUGAUGAAGAAAAUCGAGCCCGACACUAAAGCAACCAGCACCCUUCAUUGCAGCCUGACAAAAGAAGAACUGAACAGAUUUAGUCCUUUCUCAAGCGCAAAAGAACUAUGGGAGAAGCUGAUCGAACUGCACGAAGGCACUUCCGAUACUAAAGAAGAUGGGACGGCUAGCCAACUUCAUGCGCGGAUUCAGGACCUGUUGAACGGUCUUCAUGCAAUCGGUCAGAAGCCCGAUUUUACUUCCAAUGUCGUCUCCCCUUUCGCGAUGUUGACCCCCUUUCCUCUUCCCUGA